AUCGUUCAGGCAGUGAGAGAGGGCAGCCCCGCUCUAUUUCCCAGGCUGCUCUCUGGGAUGCAGGCAGGAAGGUUGAGUGUAUUACACUGGCCCCACCUCCUGAAGCUCUCUCUGCAGCUGCUGGACUGGACACAAAAGCGUGAGGGACAGAGACACCAUCUCUGCUGAUCUGUACCAAAGUCUGGUUCCAGGUGCUGAGAGGCCACAUGUGACAGAAGCCAGCGUGGGGGACUCGCACAGCUGUCUGCAUUUCCCAGGUACCCUGAGCCCAGCAAAGGUUGUGCCUAGGAGGAGCAGGAAUAGAAGUGCCUGAACAUCAUGACACAGGUGGACCCCCAGGAAAGGUGGGGCAAGGUAUCUGCUCUGUCCAACUUGACGGAGGAAGCUCAUGACCCCCGGAUGCUGAGUGUGAGCUUAGAGAGAGAGGAUGAAGAUGGUGGGGAGGCAGGAGACAAAGGGAGCACUGGGGACCCUGAUCACCAGGCCUGUCCAAGCAGCAGCUCCCAAGUGACUCAAGACAAUCCUGACUUGCCAUGGCAUCAUCCACCCAGCGAGUCAGAGAAAUUCUCUAGCUCCUUCAGUGCGGGGGCCAUGGAGAAGGAACCGAUGGUGAUGCCUGAGAAGAAGGCCAGCUGGGGAAGAGAAAAGUCCAACAUCACGCAGACCCAGGACCCCCCUGGACCAGGCGCAGCUCCCGGGACCCUCCCCAGCGACCUCUCACGUAAGUUGUUAGGCCGGACGCAACCGCUUAGGGACUCGCUACCUGGAGGAGAUGAUGGAGACUCCAGGGCAAACCUGGACGCUGCCUUGGGGGUCGCGUCCAAUUUCCCUGAGACGGGAAGAUAUUUCUGCGCACAGAGAGGCAUAGACACGUCCCCAGAGGACUCCUCUCUGAUGUGUUUCCCCAAGCCGGGGGGCAGCUGGGACCUCCCCACGCAGGAGACUCGUGCACCGGCCCAGGGGUCGGCGCCCCCAGCGGGCCUGGCAGCAGCGGUGCGGGCCAAAGCGCGCAUCGGCAGAAAGGGCCAGAACCCGGAGGGUGCGCGCCAGGGCGCGCAGGGGGAGGCGCACCCCUAUAAGUGCCUGCGGGGAGGAAGAGCCUUCCGGAAGCCCAGCAGCCCGCUGAGUCCCUCGCAGCCGCGGGGCACCAAGCCUCACACCUGCGAGCUGUGCGGGAAGGCCUACUCCCACCGGGGCACGCUCCAGCAGCACCGGCGCCUGCACACGGGCGAGCGGCCCUACCAGUGCCCCUUCUGCGACAAGGCCUACACCUGGUCCUCGGACCACCGCAAGCACAUCCGCACCCACACGGGCGAGAAACCCUACCCCUGCCCUGACUGCGGGAAGGCCUUCGUGCGCUCCUCCGACCUGCGCAAACACCAGCGCAACAUGCACAGCAACGACAAGCCCUUCCCGUGUGCCGAGUGCGGUCUGACCUUCAACAAGCCGCUGUCGCUGUUGCGCCACCAGCGCACGCACCUGGGCGAGAAGCCCUUCCGCUGCCCGGCUUGCGACAGGGAGUUCGCCGUGGCCAGCCGGAUGAUGGAGCACCAGCGUGUGCACUCGGGCGAGCGGCCCUUCCCGUGCCCCACCUGCGGCAAGUGCUUCACCAAAUCCUCCAACCUGAUCGAGCACCAGACGCUGCACACCGGCCAGAGGCCCUUCAAGUGCGCCGACUGCGGCGUGGCCUUCGCGCAGCCCUCGCGCCUCGUGCGCCACCAGCGCAUCCACACUGGCGAGAGGCCCUUUCCUUGCGCCCAGUGUGGCCAGGCCUUUGCCCGCUCGUCCACGCUGAAGCGGCACCAGCAGAUCCACUCUGGGGAGAAGGGCUUCCUCUGUGCCGAGUGUGGCAGGGCCUUCCGCAUUGCCUCAGAGCUGGCCCAGCACAUUCGGGUGCACAACGGGGAGAGGCCUUACCAGUGUGAGGACUGCGGCCAGGCCUUCACCAGGUCCAAUCACCUCCAGCGCCACCGCGCCAAGCACAGUACCUGCAAGAAGGAGCCCAUCCCCUCCUCCUCUGAUGAGUGAGGGCUCCAGCAGCUAACUCUCAGGGAAGGUGAAGACACUUGGCGACCUCAUUGCCUGGAACCCUCCUGCAUGGACAAGCCGAUGCGCAUGGUAUCGUCCUCGCCCCACCGGUCAGCCAGCCUUUCCUCCCAGGGCGUCACCGGCCGUGGGGUGAUCCGUUUGAUUUAUUGAUCUCUUGUGUAAAAAGUAACAGGAGGGCUGGCACCCACGUGUGUGGUUUCAUUAUCAGUCUUUCUUCUGAAUCUCAGAGGUCAUAUUCAGUUGGAAAAGGGUAAGAAAAAGUAGUGAGGACUGGUCAAGAGUUGAGUUCCUUGGUUGGGGGAUCCCCGUGGAUUGGGGAUUAUAUCUUGGGCACUGUGCAAGCCGACAAGGAUACUAUGAAGAAAAAGAUUGUCCUGUCCUGCCCUCAAAGCCAUAUGCAAAUACUAAGAAGGCAUCAAGGACCAGUCCUCUUGGGAAGAAGGGUACUUUUCAGUUUUUACAUGAAUAAAGGAAUCCCCAGAAGUGGUCUCUGUGAGCAACUUUUCCAAAGCAGCAAAGCCUCCCUGAAGUUAGCCAGACCCAACCAGACAGUACAUCAUUUCUUUAUUAUUAUUAUUAUAAAAUUAUUUCUUAUUGGUGUUCAA